AUGGCGUAUCAACCGCCGCCCUUUGCUCAAAAUCCAGGAAAUUCGCAGCAGCAAUUUUACGCUUAUCAAAAUGGUGGUGCUCCUGGUAACUUCCAAAAUUCGCAGCAACCUCCAGGGCAGUAUCCUCCCGGGCAACAACCACCAGUACAUCAGCAAGCGCUCGGCCAACAACAAUAUGGAUAUAAUGCCACUGGGGGCCCACCUCAGCCAUUUCCUCAAAUGAAGCAACCCAGCCCUCCAGGAGCCCAGAUUCCAUCUCAAGCCACUCCGCAGCCGCCAAUCCCAAGUUCGACUACGCAGCAACAUGCUCCUGCUACUGCUGCUCCAGCGCUUCCCAAUCAGUAUGCAGCUUCUCAGGGUAUAAAGCCUGCAGUACCAAGCCCGUUCCCACAAGGUGCUGGUGCAAACCAAGCCAAUUUACCUCAACCGCCUGGAGCUAUUCCACCUUUACAACAAUAUCAACAACAGCAGCCACAUCAUUCCCAAAAUCUACAGCCGUCUCAGACACAGCAGCCGCAACAACCGCAGAAACUUGUUGCGAACGGAGUUCCAAGUUCCUUCCCUCCAGGCACCUCUGGAACAUUUCCUCCAGCUCCUGUUGCUCCUAUUCAACAGCAACCUGGACCUCAGCGCCUUGGUCCAGGAGCUCCUAGUGCAUUUCCUCCUACAUCAGGAAAUCAACAACAACAAGGUCCCCCAGCACCAGGCGGUUUUGCUCCACUAGGUCCUGGAGCACCAGGAGGUUUUCCACCAGGUGGCCCUGGAGGUUUUCCUGCUGGUCCCGGUGGUCCAGGAGCUUUUCCACCAGGUGGUCCUGGAGGUUUUCCUGCUGUUCCUGGUGGUCCAGGAGCAUUUCCACCAGGACCUGGAGGACCGAAUUUGCCUUCAAAUUUCCCACCAGGACCCGGAGCACCGAAUGGUUCGUCGAAUUUCCCACCUGGCCAAGGUGGUUCAGGUGGAUAUCCAGCUGGACCGGGAGCUUUUCCACCAGGACCUGGAGGAUUCCCACCAGGUUCUAGGGCGCCUGGUGCUCCAGGGGGCUAUCCCGGUCCACCACAGCAACAGCAACAACGAUUGGAUCCAAACAUGAUGCCAAGCGCUGUUCAAGUUAUGGAUGAUGAUAUUGCCAGAGCAGGACUUUUUCCUACAGGAUACCCGCAUGCUGAACUUCCUCCUCUAACUUCUACCAAUAUUUUUGCUCAAGAUCAAGGAAAUUGUAAUCCAAAAUUCAUGAGAUCAACCCUUUAUAUGGCACCACAAUCCAAUGAUAUGUUGAAGUCGUCACAAAUUCCUUUCGCCUUGUCCAUUUCACCUUUUGCUCCAUUGAAUGAACUUGAGCGUGAACCGCCUGUUGUCGAUUUAGGACCUCAAGGACCAGUUCGCUGUCAACGCUGCAAGGCUUAUAUUUGCGCAUUCAUGGAGUUUCAAGACGGCGGAAGACGAUUCCGUUGUCCAUUCUGCAACGCGAGCACUCCAGUGGAAGAGACAUAUUUCGCACAUCUUGAUCACACUGGAAGAAGAACUGACAUCGAAAUGAGACCAGAAUUGUUUUUGGGUGCUUACGAUUUGGUUGCGACAAAGCAAUAUUGCAAGAACGGAGUCCCUCCGAAAGAGCCUGCGUUUAUAUUCAUGAUCGAUGUUUCUUACAAUGCAUUGUCAAAUGGAAUGGUUCCGCUCUUGUGCCAAAAUCUCGAAAAAGUUUUGAGUAGUUUGCCUAGAGAGUCUGGUCAACUUGAUUCAUCCAUUCGCGUCGGAUUGGCUACAUUUGAUCAAGCCGUCCAUUUCUUCGAUUUGUCUUCAGCGACGCCAAAGAUGCUCGUCAUGAGCGACGUGCAAGAGCCGUUCGUUCCAUUGGUUGAUGGUCUUCUUCUCCCGUACAAUGAAGCGCUCUCAGGCUUACGAGCUGCGCUUGCUGAAAUUCCAAAGAUUUUCUCAGCAUCGAGAACAACCGAAACGAUUCUUCACCCUGUCGUUCAAGCUGGACUUGACGCAUUGAAAUGUGCGGAUCGGGCCGGAAAAGUGAUCCUGUUUACGACAGUUUUGCCAACUUUCGAUGCUCCUGGAAAAUUAAAAACUAAGAACGAACGAAACCAGCUAGGAACGGAUAAAGAGAAAAGUGCGCUGGUGCCACAAGAUGAUUCGUACACAAAACUCGGUGAGCAAUGUGUCAAGUCUGGUGUGACGGUUGAUUUAUUUUUGUUCCCGAAUGCUUUUAUUGAUGUUGCAACUAUUGGGCAACUUUCUGCAGUCACUGGAGGAAGCAUUUUUAAAUUCCAAUACUUUUCGGCCGACAAAGACGGUGUUAGAUUGUUGAAAGAUUUGGAGAGACAUAUUUCAAAGAAAAUCGCAUUUGAUUGCAUGAUGCGUGUUCGAACGUCUGCUGGAAUUCGUCCAGUCACCUUCAUGGGAUCAUUCUAUAUGGAAAAUGCGACAGAUUUGGAAAUUGCGACUAUUGACGAGAGUAAGGCGUUCAUUACGGAAAUCAAACACGAUGAUAAACUGCCGGAUCAAUCUGCGUUUAUCCAAGCUGCCACAUUAUACACCUCAAUGACAGGUCAACGAAGACUUCGUAUUCUGAAUAUGUGUCUGCCAGUCUAUAAUGACUACAACCAAUUGUUCCGACUAGCUGAUCCGGAAACUUUGACAUCUUACAUGUUCAAACAAGCUGUUCAAUUGAAUCGCGAGAAAGGUAAUAAAGAAACUAAAGAUCAACUUUCUCAACGAUGCGCCCAAUUCUUAGCCACUUAUAGAGAAAAAUGCAACGAGUCGGCUCCACUCGGUCAAUUGAUUUUACCAGAAUCUCUCAAACUGAUGCCGCUGUAUGUCAAUUCGAUUUUGAAAAAUGAUGCGAUUAGCGGUGGAAGUGAAAUGACGGUCGACGACAAAGUGUGGCAGAUGGAAUUGAUCCGCGGAAUUCGUGUCGAAGAUGCGAUGCCGCUCAUUUAUCCGCGAAUUCUUCCAGUUUCGGACGUCGAACUUCCAGAAAGCGGAGAAUUAAAGGAACUUCCAAAACCAAUUCGAUCAAGUAUUGAAUAUUUCGAUAACACGAAGGCGUUUAUAAUUGACAAUGGUGUUGUGCUUUUCUUGUGGAUUGGACUUGGAGUUCCUCAGCAGUGGGUACAGGACGUAUUCGGAGUAGGAGCCGUAACACUGAUUGACCAUGAAACGGGAGUUAUUCCGGAGAAAGAUAAUGCAAAAUCUAGAGCAUUGCGACGCAUUAUUGACUUGCUACCGAAGGGAAUUCGUCAAAGAAAAGUGUUUGUAAUUGUCGAAAAGAGUGGGCUUGAACCGUGGAUGAAGAAGUUCUUGAUUGAGGACAAAUCAUCGCCCACGAGCAUGUCAUACGUCGAUUUCCUCUGUCAUAUUCAUCGAGAAAUUCGCAAUUUGAUUUCUAUUUCAGGAGCUUAUACCAGACAAUAUUAUGAGAUUUACGAAACCCGUCUCAAUGAACUUCGACCUCGUAUUCUUGAGAAUGCGGAUAUUAUGAUAGGAAAAGGAAAAUAUGAAUUAUUAUCGUUAAGUGAUGUGAAUAACGAUCAGAAAGGUUUGAUACUUGGAGUUAUUGUAAAGCAAAUUGCUCAAAGACCAUCUAUACUGAAGUCCCUUCUUAACGAGGAUAAGGUUGCUUAUGAAACUUAUGAAGAAAAUGAUGAAGAUGAUUCGGAAAUUCCAAGAUAUGUCGCUAGUAGCGAGGAUCAUAUUGAACUCGAGUCCGACAAGCAAAUUGUUCGACUUGAAGGCAAUAUCUCAAUGAAUGAUUGUGCGACUGGUUGCUGUGUUGGAGUAUAUGGAGUUCUUAGUGCCCAAGGUGUUUUCAAUGUUGAACAAGUUGUAUGGCCAAGUGUUACACUUCCGCCACCUCUUAAAGAAUCACGAAGAAGCGUAAUUGCGAUUAUGGGAGGGCUCGAGCUCAAUGAAAAUAUCAAAAACCAUAUGGACUCUCUCUGUGGAUUUCAUUUAUUCAGCGAAUGGCUUCAUGGUGACUUUACCCCAAACGAAGUGGAAUCAAAUGCAAUGAAUCGUCUCGAUAGGAUUGUCAUACUCGGACCAACACUUGCUCCAAAAAGUAAUCUAUGUGAUGUGCAAUCUGUUGAUGUGGCGCAAAUUGACUUGGUACCAGGUAUUGGAGAUCCGUGCUCAUCGUUAUGGCCCCAACCCCCGAUCCAUCGAGUAUGUUUUCCACAGUCGGCUCCUUCCAAAAAGACUAUCAAUUUAGUCACGAACCCUUAUGAAUUUGAAGUGGACGGUCUUCAUAUAUUGGCAACAUCGGGUGAAAAUGUAACAGAUUUGGUGAGAAGCUCGCCUGAUUGGACAGCUUGCGAUGUUCUCAAAAAUAUUGUCGAAUGGCAGCACAUUGCACCAAACUGUCCGGACACACUCGAUGGAUUCCCAUUUGCGGAGCGAGACCCGUUAAUAAUGCAAACCACGCCACACAUCAUAAUCGCCGGUAAUCAAGCAAAACAAGAAAAUAUGAACUUUUCCAUUUGUCCAGUUGAGUUGGGAAUUAUUGUGAAGAUUUUGACGCUCUAA